AUGGCGGUCGAUAGCUUGACAAUUGAGACAUUCACAGAAUAUGGCAUUGGCAUGCUGUUCUUGGCCGUCCGGCUAUAUGCCCGGCUGGACAUGGGAGGCCUUCGUGGACUUCGGCUCGAUGAUGCCUUUGCUGCUGCCGGCAUGGUAUUCUGGACUAUGCAAACUGUGAACAUUUACUUGCUAGGUAUGUCUUUAAAUGUUGUGGUGAUACGGUUUUCACUAACCUCCACCCUAGGGGUUUUCGGAAACAACAUUGGAUUGAAUACCCAAACGGCCAUGCUCGUCCCUGACAACAAGAUUCCUGCCAUGAUCCUUGGUUCCAAAUUGGCAUUCAUGAACUGGAUAUGGUACAUUUGCUAUAUCUGGUGUCUCAAAGGUGUCUACUCUCCAGAAGUCUUCUAUACACAUGGAUGUCUAACACAUUACAGACAAGGAACAUGGCACCGUCACCUCGUCACAGCAGCAUCCGGAUUCUGUGUCCUUACCUGGCUCGUAUGUCUCUUGACACAUGUUGGUCUCUGCACGCCUGUGACUCGAAACUGGCAGAUCAAGCCCUACCCAGGAGACAAUUGUACCCUUCGAGGACCUCUGUAUAUUGUCAUUGCGGUCUUCAACGUAAUGUCCGAUGUUUGCAUAAUCCUAAUUCCCAUCCCAAUUCUCGCCAAACUCCAAGUCCCUCUCCAGCGCAAACUGAUCCUAGUUAUAAUGUUCUCAUCGGGAAUAUUCAUCAUGAUCUGCACAAUCCUGCGCGCCUAUUACUCGCUUUCCUCGAUAACGAACCUGGGAACUGCACUGGGUUGGGCAGAUCGCGAAUGCUUCGUUGCGGCAAUCGUUGUCUCUUUGCCUGGGAUCAAACCACUCUUCCGCAACACCAGCUGGCUGGGAUCGACGAACCGCAAGAACUCCAAGAGCCCUUAUUACAACAGCGAAUACAAUGGAUUUGGAUCCAAGGCGUCUGGCAAGACGAAGACGUUUGUUACCUCGCGCUCUCGCAAAAGUGGUGGCUUUGAGAUGGAUAGUGUGCUGCACACCAAUAAAGGGAGUCGUGCUUCGGAGGCAGGGAGUGAGGAGCAUAUUCUUGAAAGAAAUAUUGCUGAUGUCCCAGCAUCUCCUGGGCGGGAUCGGAUGGCUAUACGAGUUACGACCGAGUAUGCACUCGAGACUGAGCAGGGAGGACCGGUCCAACCCAGGCCUUCUGCGUGA